CGGCUAGUCAGCAGCUUCUGAAAGUAACGUCUAACACGUCAUGUUUGACGAUGUUUAAAAGCAGAUUUUCAUCAUGGCGGACGAAAACAACUUGCAAAUUCGAAACCAAGAAGCUGCUAUAACUAGCAAAAGAGCCAGAGUUUUACAAUUUAUUGGACUUUUUAUUCCUCCUUCAGGGUUUUUUGGACAAACUUUGACUCGUGCUGUGAUUGUCAUCCUCAGCUGGGCAGUAUUAUGGUCCAUUCUUGGUGCUGAACUUCUACCAGGAGGCAACAUCUUCGGAAUUUUCAACGUGAUAGUGCUUGCCGCUUUAGGUGGCUUUAUGACCAGAAAAAUCUCUAAAGGCACCUUGCCUUCGCUACUAGGGAUGCUUGUUGUUGGAUUCAUUUUACGUAAUGUGCCAGGGAUCAAUGUAGCGCGCCAUAUUGACAAGAAAUGGUCAGCAACUUUGCGUAGUAUGGCGCUUGUUGUAAUUCUUACGCGAUCAGGUUUGGAACUGGACCCAGGAGCUUUGCGGCGGCUUAAAUUCACUGUAAUUCGCUUGGCUUUUUGCCCAUGUAUUGGAGAGGCCAUCACGGUUGCUGUUGUCGGUAAACUGUUAUUAAACAUGCCUUGGCUUUGGGGGUUUCAACUUGGGUUUGUUCUUGGUGCUGUCACACCAGCUGUUGUAGUUCCCCAGCUUCUCACUUUGCAGCAGAGAGGUUUUGGUGUUGAACAAGGAAUCCCCACUUUAGUUAUGGCUGCAUCAUCAUUUGAUGAUGUCAUUGCUAUAAGUUUGUUUGGAGUUUUUCUUGGAAUUGCAUUUUCAGAAGGAAACAUAGUGUUCAACAUCUUCAGAGGUCCUAUUGAGCUGUUAAUGGGUGCUGUAUUUGGAAGCUUGGUUGGAAUUUUGUGCUGGUUCUUACCAAACAAAUAUGAGCAAGACAGAUCACACAACAGAUUUGUGAUUCUCCUUGGCUGUGCCAUGUUCUCAGUGUUUGGUAGUAAUAUGGCUCAGUUUUCAGGAGCAGGAGCCCUUGGUGUUCUUGUUCUAGCUACAGUAGCAUCACAUGGUUGGGGAGACAUUGAGAAGGCUCCAAUUGCUGAUGCUAUGGCUGUAGUUUGGGAAUUCUUUCAGCCUCUGCUGUUUGGUUUAAUUGGUGCAGAAGUCAGUAUUGAAUACAUGGAUAGCACACUUAUUGGAAAAGCAUUUGGUUUACUCACCAUAGCAAUGAUAGUUAGACUGAUUGUAACAUUCUUUGUUGUAUCUGGAAACAAUCUCAGCAUAAGGGACAAGAUUUUUGUUGCUAUAGCUUGGUCUCCAAAAGCAACUGUGCAGGCUGCCAUUGGCUCAGUAUCACUGGAUAUUGCUAGGGAACGAGGUUUCACAGGAUUGCAUCAAGAGGAACUUGGAAUUCAGAUCUUAACCAUAGCUGUGCUGUCCAUUCUCCUCACUGCUCCAACUGGCGCAGUGGGAAUUGCCAUUUCUGGCCCUCGAUUGUUACGCAGUGCGGUAGAAACACAAGAGAUUGGGAGCAAAAGAGAAGUGGAACCAAUUCUUGAGGGACAGGGUGCAGGGUUUGAAGAAAUUAAUACUAAUGUGUAAUGUGGCUUUACAUUGAUCAGUACGGAGAAAAAAAAGAGCUAAGAAACAAUUAGUAAUGGAAGAGAGAAACAAACAAUGGGAGAGAGAGAGAGGAAAAGGGCUGUUUUUUUGCCACAUUGUGGUCUGGUCCUUCUACUCAAAGAACAAAAGGAAAGGUUGGGUAUUUAUGACUAUGUCAAUCCUUGGUCUGUAUCAAUUGUUUGAUAAUUUUGAUCAAAGAGAGUCUGGCAUCAUUGUGACAGCUUAUCACAAGGGCCUGAUGCAAUACAUGGGACUGGGACUGAGAAGGACAGAUUGGUAUCACUGGCAAUCUCUUAUUAAAAGAAAAAAUUGUUAUUGGGAUGUGGACAAAAAAAUUUAAGUUCUUAAUUUUACCUCCAAGAAUAGUGCGAUUUCUUUAACCAUCACGUUCCACAUCAGAGUUCUUUUAUUAUCACAGCACUCAUUGAUUGCAGGAGGAUUGUCAUGGAAGAAAACGUUAAAACUGUUUUCUUUUACAUAAUAUAGGGUACCAUGUAAUUUCCGAGAUUGGUUCUUGACCUAGAUUCAGUGCAACCCCCAUUGAAACUUUCCCUCCUCAGAGGGGGGGGAAGGGAGUUUGAUAUAUUUGUAAAGUGUUCUCAGUUGGGCAACAACUGAAUCCCGAAAGUCCUCAAAUUUGACUUCUUCAUGUCUUCCCAUUCCCCCUAGCCAGGUAGCCUACGUGUAAAGACUUCGACAUUGUCCUUUGAGACAAUUACAGACCAUUACAAGAUGUAGCAACUGAUGAUGGGGGUCUAUUAUUAUCUUACCCUACCAAAUUGAGAAAUCCUCCAUCCAAAGUGAAAACUUUUCUUUUUCGCCGUUGUCGCGAACUAUUAGGUUGUUGUACUUGUCAAUAGCAAGAUCAGUAGAGUUUUUUAGUUUGCUCAUCGCUGGAUCUUUUAGAGCCAAUAUCUUAGAAGAAAUCACCGUCAUUGUUGAACACUGUAAAAGUUACUGAAGUGGGUUUGUCGUUAUGUUUUUCAAAGUCAUACUCUUUGAUUAAUUUUCCAUUAGAACUGAAGAGCUGUACUCCAUAACGGUUAGAGUCUGUAACUGUAACAGCCUCGGUGACAUUACUGACUGCCAUACUUGAUUGAACCUCUGGUACCCGAACUGGUAGGCUGACUCAUACCAGUGUGGAGGCCCUUGGACACACCAAGGGCUGCUAGGUAGUGGUUGACCGUUUAAUGUGAUUCCUGUGCAAUAUUCCUUUGCUC